CGCUCGGAGCCCCCGGGAUCCGCCGGCUCUCGCCGCAGCCGCCUCCAACUUCGGCCGGGAGGUCGCUUUUUUUUUUUCUUUCGGUGGGAGCCGCGGUUCAGCGCAGCGCCUGCGGCUUUUUGCUCCCCCUCUCCGCCUCCGCUCCGGUCCCCAUCUCGCUCGCUCGCCGGGGCAGGUGCGUCCCCUCGCGGUCUCCGACGCCGCGGUGAGGGGCGCGGAGCCCCGUGCCCGCCGUUGCCGCCCGGGGGAUGCAGGGCGCCCCGUCCCGGCGGCCGGCUCCGCGGGGGCUGCCCCAGCGCCGCCCGCAGCCCACCAUGGCCGGGCCGAGGCUGGCGCUCGCCGCCGCGCUCCUCUGCAGCUGCGCUUCGCCCGUGGCCGACGCCAGCUCCUGGUGGUCUUUGGCCAUGAACCCCAUCCAGAGACCUGAGAUGUACAUCAUCGGCGCUCAGCCGGUGUGCAGCCAGCUGCCGGGGCUCUCCCCCGGGCAACGCAAGCUCUGCCAGCUCUACCAGGAGCACAUGGUGUUCAUCGGGGAAGGGGCCCGCAGUGCCAUCAAGGAGUGCCAGUACCAGUUUCGGCAGCGGCGGUGGAACUGCAGCACGGUGGACAACACCUCCGUCUUUGGGAGGGUCAUGAAAAUAGGUAGCCGAGAGACUGCUUUCACCUAUGCUGUCAGUGCCGCCGGGGUGGUGAAUGCAAUCAGCCGGGCUUGCCGGGAAGGAGAGCUCUCCAGCUGUGGCUGCAGCCGGACUGCCCGGCCCAAGGACUUGCCCCGAGACUGGUUGUGGGGUGGCUGCGGGGAUAACGUGGAGUAUGGGUAUCGUUUCGCCAAGGAAUUUGUGGAUGCCAAGGAGAGGGAGAAGAACUAUGUGAGAGGUUCAGAGGAGCAGGCUCGCAUGCUGAUGAACUUGCAGAAUAACGAGGCUGGUCGCAGGGCUGUGUACAAGCUGGCGGACGUGGCCUGCAAGUGCCACGGUGUGUCGGGCUCCUGCAGCCUCAAGACCUGCUGGCUGCAACUGGCUGACUUCCGCAAGGUGGGUGACCUGCUGAAGGAGAAGUACGACAGCGCCGCUGCCAUGAGGAUCAGCCGCAAGGGCAAGCUGGAGCUGGUGAACAACCGUUUCAACAUGCCGACGCAAGAGGAUCUGGUCUACGUUGACCCCAGCCCGGACUAUUGCCUGCGCAAUGAGACCACUGGCUCGCUGGGCACUCAGGGCCGACUGUGCAACAAGACCUCGGAGGGUAUGGAUGGGUGUGAGCUGAUGUGCUGCGGACGGGGUUAUGACCAGUUCAAGAGUGUCCAGGUGGAGCGUUGCCACUGCAAGUUCCAUUGGUGCUGUUACGUCAAGUGUAAAAAGUGCACAGAGAUUGUCGACCAGUACGUCUGUAAAUGAAAAGAGCCACCAAAGCAACAAAUCUAUAUUAUAUAAAUCUAUAUAAAUAUAUUUUAUAUUUGUAUAAAUAAACAGAUGAUGAUAAUAAUUAAAGAA